GCAAUUACACUCGGUGCAUUCCAGAGGCGUUCCUGUGAACGCUCUGCAGGUCUGCCUGCCGUCCUUGGGAGAGAGGAAGAAAAAGGGAGGACAAGUCCCUCGUGCUGGGAGACGGAAUGUCUGCAUUUCCAAUCCUCUUCUUAGCUUCCUGUUCCGUUUGGCUCGGCGAGGCCCAGACCGAGUUCAAGAGGGUGGCGGAGGAGAACGUGACCCUGCCCUGCCACCACCGCCUGGGGCUGCUGGAGCAGGGCAGCCUGGACAUCGAGUGGCUGCUGCACAUCUCCGAGACCGUGCAGAAAGCGGUGAUCACCUACUCUGGUGGCCGGGUUUAUGAUGACCUGAACGAGGAGCAGAAGGGCCGUGUGUCCUUCACCUCCAACUUCCUUGCUGGAGAUGCAUCCCUGCAAAUCAUCUCCCUGCAGUCCAGCGAUGCGGGGAAAUACAUCUGCAAGGUCAAGAACGCCGGCCAGUACGAGUGGGCUCGCAUCACCCUCAAGGUCGUGGAGAAGCCCUCCAAGCCCAAGUGCUGGCUGGAGGGGGAGCUGCUGGAGGGGAAGGAGCUGUCGCUGCAGUGCCGCUCGGCCUCGGGCACGGCCCCCAUCUCGUACCGCUGGCAGCGCCUCGGCGAGGAGGACGAGAGAGCCGAGCCGCUGCCGCCCAGCUCCAGAGUCAACAUCUCGAACCCCGGGCAGGUGCUGCUGAAGAACCUGACCCAGAUGAGCACGGGGCUCUACCAGUGCGUGGCCACCAACGAGGCGGGGCAGGAGAGCUGCGUGCUGCAGGUGACAGUGCAGCAUGCGCAAAACAUCAGCAUGAUCGCCGGGGCGGUGUGCGGAGUGGCGGUGGGGCUCUCCCUCCUCUUCCUCGUGGUGAGGCUGACCAUCAGGAGGAAAGAAAAGAAGAGAUACGAGGAAGAGGAGGCGCCCAAUGAAAUCAGGGAAGAUGCCGAGGCACCCAAGGCCCAUCUGGUGAAGCCCAGCUCCUCCUCUUCGGGCUCCCGCAGCUCCCGCUCGGGUUCCUCCUCCACCCGCUCCACAGCCAACAGUGCCUCCCGCAGCCAGCGGACUCUGUCCACAGAAGCCACCCCUCACCUGACCCCACCCCAGUACAGCCAGCGGCAGCUGGACAGGAAGGAAGAACCCAAAAAAUCCGAGUACAACCACCUGGUGAAGGUGGCAGUGCCAGCGAUGGUGCCCGCGCAGAGCCGCGCCUUCCAAACCGUGUGA